CUCUGCAAGACAAACGGUACGGAAAUUCAGAGGAAAGACAUCAGUUUCUUACUCAGCAAGACAAAAGACGCCUUCGCCGUUCGAAAAGCAAUGGCGCCAUGUUCAAAGUUAAUUUUUAGAAAGUACAUUGUACCUAUAGGUUUCAUUAUUAUAAAUGUUCAUAAAAUUGACACAGUUGUAAUCUUGUGCUGAUUAAAAUCACUCAUUUUGAAAAAACAAACACUGGUGUAGAUAUGUGUAUCAUGUAUCACGAAACAUCCAGCGUUGUUUCACUUUAUGAGACUAUGCGCUCCCCAAGGAAAUAGGACAAGAGCGACUGUGCCAGACUGAUAUUAAGAAUCUGUUAAAUUAUUAAUAUGAGAAUUUUUCAGAUUAGUUGCAAAUUUUCAGUGAAACUUGAGCAAGGUUAUCAUCUGAUGAGCGAAAUUGCUAUGAAGUUAUCAGCCGAGCAAAACGAUGUAGCCUGCGAGAAGCGAUCAGAAGCGAUCCGCGAGAGCACACUCGAGGGAGCGUCUCCUUUCGCUUGCGGCUCUCAGGUGACUUUUCGCGAUGACUCUAAAUGGAGAGCUUGCUUGCAGGCUAAAAAUAGUGCUACGCCAAUUCUUAUUAUUAAUAUGAAGAUCUCCGCAAGCUAGCUAGUGCUGACUAAAUUAGGAAGACGUUUGCGAUGUCUAGUAAAAUGACGUCAAUAGUGUAGGACUAAUAACAAGAAAAAGGCACGGCAACCAGGUUACCCUGAAAACGAGGUUGUGUUAGCUCAUGAUCAGAUGAGUUUGGAAGAACUUGAAAAAAGGGGGCAAAUUUUGACACGUCUUGCGAAGAAAACAAGCCGAACUUCGGCCUAAAAACAUAGCAUAAGCAGCGAAUACCGCAUUUUCCUCGAGUAAGCACCAGGGGCUUUUUUUCUUUUCUUUUUUUUCGGUAAUUACGUUUUACAUCGGACCUUAGUGCAAUUAAACAGUUUACACACAGAGUUAUCAAUAAUGUGAUAAUAGAAACAGUUACUAUCAUUAUCAUCCCUACUAUUUAAGAAAAUAAGGAACUUAAGCAACGGCGACGGCGAUGGCUAUGAAAAAAUCACUUAAAAUAAGAAUUCUCGCUGCUUCAAACUUUAUCGCGCUUAUCCCAUCUCGUUCAAUUCGUCAAAUUUUGCCAUUUUUUUUCUGGAGUUGAAUCCUAAAAGACUAUAUCGGAGUUCAGCAAAAGGAAAAGAAAUUUGUUGUCCUGUGUUCAGCCACGUCCUCCACAAAACGUGAUAUUAGGUAUAUAUUUUCACGUCGUAGUCGUGCAGUGACGGCAAAGAAAUGUACAAAAAAGCAUGAUGCAGGUGCAGAGUCGUUGUUUUGCUAAUCUAAACCUGUUGCUUUUUUUGUUGUUCUCGUUGACGUCGCCGUCGUCGUUGCUUAUAGGUGAUGUUACAUGAGACAAUUCGCACACGAUGAUUUUUAGCGCAACACAGCGUUGCAACAUUGUUGCGACGUUGUUUCGAAUUGUUACAACAUUGUUCCAACAUUACAACGCUGUGUUGCACUGUGUUGCACCCGUGUAACAUCACCUUAUACUCUCUAGUUACGGGGGAGAGGAGGGGGCGCUUAUUGGAGGGGUGGGAUGGGCGCUUAUUUGAGAAUAUACGGUAUACAACUCUAUAUCUGCUAUGACAAACAUUUCAGUUCUAUCCUGAAUUUGCCAAGGAACAGGUGAAUAGAGACGGGAACUUUACAAUGACUGAGGUUAUGCAAGCUUUUAAAUUCAAAAUGAUUCUAGAUGAAUAAUAAGACAUUAUUGGAUCUGACUUUCGAAUAAGCUGAAGAAUUAUACAGAUCUCGGUCAGAGGGUGUUAUCCGUCUCGGUCGAUAACCAACCCCCACGGGGGGAGGGGGAAGAUUACUCCUGAUUUCAAGGGACAGGGGUGAUCGAAGAAUUUUUUGAGGUUUGAAAUUUCCUAUUUCCGGAUUUUUUGGGGGGUAAGAAUAUUUUGGAAAGUAUUUUUUGGGGGGUAUUUUUUUGAUUUUUAUGGCUCGGAAAUUCGGCAUGGAAUUUAUUUGGAGCAAGAGCCAUAAUAGUCCCAUUAUGGAUCUUGUUUGGAGUUAGAUUUUGUUCCACGGAUUUUUUUUUUUUUUUUUUUUGAAGCCCUAGGGAUUUAUUUUUUUUUUUUUUUGGGGGGGGGUUGACUUUUGCCCCUAUUCGAUCAUCCCUGUGACUUGAAUCCGGAGGACACCCCGGGAACCAACCCUGGCAUCCUCAAUCUGCAUAAUCCUGCAGGUCAUAUUCUGACUCAUUUAACAUAUAAUAAUUAUUGUUAAAUGACUUUCUGCUCUUUGGCAAUGAGGCGUUUCACAUCUUCCUCUCUCUAAAAAACCGAAGAGAUCCCAUAAUUUCACAAAUUCAGGUUUUGUGACGUCAUCACUUGUUUUACUCUAUUUUCUCUGAGAUAACCGUCUUCAUACAAUAUGGGUUAAUUUUUUGACUGGUGAGGUCUUCUCACAUGAUGUUCACUGUGUUGGGUUUAAUAAUCUCUUAAAUGAACAUUCAGAUUUGUUGUGCCUAGAAGAUAACCAGGAAGAAAUUAACACUGCCAAUAAAUCCUGAUGUUUUAACCUAAGCUGCCUGCAAACCUUUAAUUGGAAUAGUUCUCUACAAAAAUCUCACUCAUAAGUGUUGUUAAACUCCGUUUACGCUGGGCAAGAAGAAUUUCCGGUUUCGAAGUUCAAGACUAUUAGCUCACAAUCACCAAUAAAACAAGUUAAAACAAGUCAGAUUCAUAACUACAGAACAAGAUCUGUCUCUAGCGACUCGUUUUAUGUUAAGUUCUCUAGAACCGAUAAAAUGUAUGCCUUUUUCACGAGAAUCGGUGCCCAAAUUUGGAACUCUAUUCCGUAUUCGAUUAAAAUACUUAAACGUUCGUCCUUUCGUAAAAAAAUAAAGGAAUUAUUACUAAAUUUUUUGCGGUCAGAAGAUGAUUAUGUCGAAGUCUCCCGUCUUAUUAAGUUAUUUAAUACUUUAGUUAACCUCUCUUCGUAAUCGUUAUGUACAUGCCUUGUUUUUUGUUUUUUGUUUUAUGUUAGUUUAAACUCUAUUUACUGUAUUGUAGUGUCUUCACUGUUAUUUAGUCCAUCUAUAUAUAAUUCUUGUUUUGUAAUAUGUCUUCAGCUCCCCCCGCCUCGAUUAGUUCAUAAGCUAUUUGCGGGUGGGAAAGUAAUGUAAUUAGUUAUUUUCCAAUUUUCAAUAAAAUUUGUUGUUGUUGUAAAUUUGUUGUUGUUGUUGUUGUAAUUAACCCUUCAUUCCUCGACGGUCUAGGCCUAUCAAAAACUCAGAAGGGCUUCCCUUCUUGGCCCAAGAUGCCGUGCAUGGCUAUAUCUCCUUUAAACUAUUAGAAGCUAAGCUUGUAGCACCUUGAGAUAUAAGUAAAAACAAGCACAAACUUAAAACACUGUUAGUACGCUGGCAAAAGCCUUCUUCUCAUAUUCAUCGCUUGUCUGUCAUUUCACCAAGCUUAUUUAGAUUAAUUGUCCCCCGCAUUUCCUUAUUUCGUGUAUGGGUCAAUCUCAUGUUAAACCUUAAAAAGAAACAGCUAAAUCCGGUUACAUUUGAAUGACCUCUUUUACAGCAAGAAGCUUUCUUAGCACAAUUAUACAGCGUUUUCCCUCACGUGGCCAGCAUCUAUGCUAAUUUAUGGGAACAAAAGAAAAUUUUUACGUAACAAAAGAGUUCAAUUCCCACAGGGUUGUCUUGGUACACCAACAUGGCCGCCGUGUUUUGGACCACCAAAAUGGCCACCGUGACGUCAUGUGAAAACACUCUAAACUGACAAGGACAGUCUGUCAUCAAAAUGGUUCAAGCCCCGCAAAUGACUUCCUCUUUUUCUUCUUUUCCUUAUUUUAAAUUCGAAUCUCGAACGAUUCUCAAGCAAAGUUCCAUUGUAUAAUGCAAGGAAAGAAUGCCAGUCUAAAGCUACAUUUAAAAGAAUGGUCUCCUGCUUUGUUUGCAAAAGCAUGUAAUCGAUAAUGGCGUGUAUCACGCUGCUUAAUUGGGAAAAAAAUACUUUGCUAAAGGUCUUUAAAUGGCAAAAACAACCCAGUGGUAUUCUUAUUUAUGGUUAGAACUUUAGAAAGGUGUCCAAAUCGGCAAAAUGAAAUUGCUAUUACAUUGAGUUCCGAUUACCAAAGUUGAAACAAAACAUGCGAUCUCUAAAGUGCCCUGCCAAGUGGUCUGAAAGGCUUGAAGAGAUUGAUAAUAAAGCGUACCCUUUCCAAAUAAACACCAAUUACAAAACUGCAAAAUAACAACGGAAAAAUCGACCUAGUAUGUAAAGAAAUCCAAAUGAAUACAGUCUUGGAUUCUGGAUUCCACGCCGUAGAUUUCGGGUUCCAGCAACUGGAGUCCUGGUUCUUUGUCAGUGACACUUGGAUUACGGAUUCCGAUCGUUAACGGGAUUACGGAUUCCUUGAGUUGUAUUCCGGAUUUCAAAGCCCAGGACUCCGAAACCGCGAGCCGAAUUUUUCCUGAUUCCCGAUUCCAUAAGCGAAAAUUUCACCGAUUGCGGAAUCCGGAUUCCUUUACACGAGGCCGCCGCGAGGGAAAAAUUGCAACGGCAAAGAGAAGUUUCACGCGGUUUCUUGAGUGGUCAUCCAUCGUCACGUUUAAUGACUGCGGUAGCAUUUCCUGAAAUGCUUCUCAUGAUUGGUGAUGCGCGACCGACGUUAGCGUGAUUAGCUAAUUCUACUCAAAAAUAGACUCGUUUUUCCUUUAAUAUCCUGCUUAAAAGGAAUAUUUUGUAAUAGGAAUCGCCUGACUGAUAACUGCACUCCUGUUAACUCAUUUUUUAUUGUUUUAGGGCGAGAAAUGUUUAGAGAGCAGUUUGUGAAAUAUAAGUCUAAUAUAGUAGACAGAUUAUGUGUGGAAUUAGUGAGGCUUUAACGGUUACAGUCAAGCCAGGUCAAGGGUACCCCCAAAGAUAAUAAAAUAAUUAGAACUCGAAAAUUUCUUUUUUAUCUCUGCAUUCUUGCAUGUGUAGUGAGCCGUGAAUUCACACGCGAUUCGGUAACGAAAUUUCGACCAGCUCAGUUUCUCUGAAUUUGAUGUAAAUGUCUUCCAAGAAAUUUUACCCAUUUAAAGACUUUCAAUCUGACCAAAUACAGACAAGUUCUCGUAAAAUAUUCACUGCUCAUUACGCAUGAUGCAAGACCCUGGGGGGUACUUCCUUGUAAGACUAAUGGAGAUGUGCCUGUGGAUGGGGUCGCAUUUUCACGACUGGAUUGACUAUAAUGAGAUCGCAUUUUCAAUAGAGUUACUAGAAGUGGGUCGCAUAUUUUCGGAUUUUGGGGGGUAAGACAGUGCAGCUCUUCAUAUUUACGGUUUGCCAACGUACGAGAAUGUUUUUACUGUAGAUGAAAAGUAAAGUGUUUUGAAAUGAGAUAAAUGUGGGACAAAUGUGGUCUAAAUAUGAAAUUUGUCACAUUUGUUCACAUUUGUGCAAAACAUAAAUAAGACAUUUGUCUUUAAGACAAAUAGGAUAAUGAUGCAUUUGCUAUCUAAGACAAAUGUGAACAAAUAAUGUGUAAAUGUAGGACAAAUAUAACAUUUGCUUUGUGACAAAUACAGAUAAAAGAGCCAAAGUGCAAACAAAUGUGUUCAAAUGUAUUCAAACUUUGUCAAAUAACACAUUUGUAUGGACAAAUAUAGAGCAAAUUUUAUAUUUAUAAAGUGAGUGCUCCAGACCAGUACAUACGUACUACCCUUCCCUCUUUUCUUCCCUGGUAUCUACCCCUUUAUUGCUUCUUGGGAUUUGCACUUAACUCUAGCUUUCAACCUUUCUCUAUCGUGGACUAAGAAGCAGAGGAAAAUGCUGCAGAAGUUCAUUCAAUUCGAUCUCUUUUUCCCCUCAUUUAUCACAACUGUCACCUGAAACCCCGAUAUAAUGAAGACACUGCUAAAACAGUAACAAUCUCUAUUGCAUUUGGUUCUUUGAAACUUCUUUAUAUCAGAGUUCCACUGUAAAGGAUGCAAGGUGA